CCAUCAGUCUCCCUCUUCUCACUAGAUCGAGUCCCGUCCUCUCACUCGAUCGAGUCCCGUCCUCUCACUCACACUCCACCCCUACUCCGAGGUCGAUCUUGUAGCUACUGAUAAACAAGUGUGUGUGUGUGUGUGGCCACUUUUUGUGUCGUCCUUACACUACCAUGCAUAAGCUCCUCUUGAUCAUAGCAGUGGUGGGAUGGCGGGUGGCGUUGUCCAGUGAGAUGAUGCAGCAGACCACGGGCGAGGCUACCUUCUACGUAGCGGGGCAAGAGGAACUCCAUUCACUACUAGUUAGUCAGCUGGCCAUGCAGUCGCUUCUGACAAAUAUGUCCCAAGACUUUACCGCUCACCUGGCAGAGUACAAAGCCGCUACAGGAGAGUCUAAAUCAGUGCUGGCAAACUUGUCCCAGGCCUUAACCGCCUACUUGACGAAGAACGCGACAGCCGUCCAUGCUAAUGAACACGAUGUCAACAACAUCAACAUGCAUCUGCUGCAGGAGGUGGAGGAGCUACGACAAAAGGUCAUCAUGCAUGAGACACAGGCUCUCGAGAUGGCCGACCAACUACAGGAGAAGGAAGGUAUUCUACAAAAACAAGAGGAAACGAUACAGACCCAAAAUAAUACGCUACAAAGUUACCUGGAGACUCGACAUGAGAUGGAAGAGACAUUACAAGAACAGAACCUUGCCCUUCAGCAGCACGUCCAGUCCCUACAAGAACAGAAGGAGAUAACAAGAAAGAGGGAGGAAGACCUUAAAGAAAAAGAAGAAUCCUUAAAGCUACAAAAAGUUAUGAUACAACAACAAGAGGAGAUGCUGAGACACAGAGGAAACCUCUCGCAGCAACAACAACAAAUACUACACCAAACCAACAGAGAACAUGAGACAUUGAAGAUGGACUUUGAGAACCAGGCCAACAGGACACGACAACUCGAGGAAGAAUGCCAAAGUUUAGAGGAAGCUAAGGUCAUCCUCGAGGAUCAACUGCAGGAGUGUCGGCAGAAUGUAACCAAAGUCACCGUAAAGACCACUUCCCCGACUGUAGACUGUGAUGGACUCUACCAGCAGGGAAUGGUGGAGAGCGGAGUGUAUACAAUCUUCCCGGCCUGUUCCCAAAUAGGUGUAAGUGUUCUGUGCCAGAUACACGAGGAACCAGGGAAUUAUGCCUGGACGGUGAUCCUCUCUCGCCGCCGUCAAACUCCACAAGUGGACUUCGCCAGAAACUGGCAAGACUACAAGAAUGGUUUUGGGGAUCCAGACGGAGAAUAUUGGCUGGGAAAUGACAACAUCCACGCGCUGACUGGUGGAGGCUCUUACCACCUGAGGCUGGAGGCCACCAACCUAGAGGGAGAAAAACGAUUCGCUGAGUGGGAGCACUUCAGUGUUGCUCACGAGGACUUCCAGUACAGACUCAGGUUGCAUAGUUACAGCACCAUAAGCACUCUAGGAAACGUCUUUGUUGAGAUCGAUGAUGUGACGUUCUCGACAGAUGACCGUGACUCCGACAACUGGUCCAAAAGCUGUUCGGCUAGUCGUGGUCAUGGAGGCUGGUGGUUUAACAGGUGUGGAGGCGUCUACCUAACAUCUCCAAUUGGUAACGUUAAUGAUGACUUCACUCUCAUGUCCACCUGGUACUUCACCAAAUCUUCCCGAUCCUAUGUGGGGCUAUCGGAGGUGAAACUGAUGGUCCGCCGCCAGUGACCGUCACCCAAGAUGAUGGCCUGGACUUGAGAAUUGGAUGUACCCAAGAAUAACGACACACACUCUCUCUCUCUCUCUCUCUCUCUCUCUCUCUGUUAACAUCACACGGCUGUAGUAAAUAUUAAAUGUUAUGUAGUAUUUUCA